AUGAUUUACAGAGCCAUAGCAUCCACAGUUCAAAGAGACAUAACCACAACCUUAAUCAACCAAUCCACCACACUCUCCCACCUCAACCAACUCCUCACACAUCUCAUCCGCCAUAACCAAACCAACAAUCUCGUCACAAUCACUAAACUCACCCAAAAAUUCUCAGACUUCAACUCCAUUUCCAACGCCAAAAAUCUCUUCACUCUCUUCAGUAACUCGAACCCACCGGACCUUUUCCUCUAUAAUGUAUUAAUCAGAGGCUUUUCUCGGAACAAUUUGCCAUUUGAAUCACUUUCCCUGUAUUACCAGCUGCUCAAAAGUACUAGACUUAAGCCAGAUAACUUCACUUUUGCGUUUCUUGUUUCAGGUUUUUCGGGGGUUUUGGCGUUUGGGGUUGAGAAAUUUGGGAUUUUGGUUCAUGGGCAAGUGAUAGUUAAUGGGUUUGGAUCGGAUUUGUUUGUUGGGUCGGCGUUGGUUGAUAUGUAUAUGAAUUUUUCAAGAAUUGGGUAUGCGUACAAGGUGUUUGAUGAAAUGCGUGAAAGAGAUAGUGUGUUGUGGAAUACGAUGGUUUCUGGGUUGGUGAGGAAUUGUUGUUAUGAGGAGAGUUUACGGGUUUUUAGCGAUAUGGUUGGAGGAGGGAUGAGGUUUGAUUCGACUACGUUGGCUGUGGCGCUUACGUCGGUUGCUGAGUUGCAGGAUUUGAGGAAUGGGAUGUUGAUACAUUGUUUAGGUGUGAAAAUGGGGUAUGAUGUUCAUGAAUAUGUUGUUACUGGUUUGAUUUCGUUGUAUUCGAAAUGUGGAGAUGUUAAUACAGCUAAAUUGUUGUUUGAGUUGAUAAAUGAACCUGAUUUGAUUUCGUGUAACGCGAUGAUUGCUGGUUUUUGUUUUAAUAAUGAGAAUGAAUCUUCGGUGAGGUUAUUUAGAGAGUUGCUUGUUAAGGGGGAGAAAGUUAAUUCUAGUACUAUUGUUGGUUUAAUUCCGGUUUCUUGUCCUUUUGGUUAUUUGAGCCUUACGCGUUGUAUCCAUGGUUUUGUUGUGAAAUCUGGGAUGGUAUCGAAUCCUUCAGUUUCUACUGCUUUGACUACAGUUUAUAGUCGGCUCAAUGUAAUGGAAUUGGCACGGAGGUUGUUUGAUGAGUUCCCGAAGAAAAGUUUAGCUUCGUGGAACGCCAUGAUAUCAGGUUAUGCCCAAAAUGGGUUAACGGAAAUGGCGAUAUCUCUAUUUAGGGAAAUGCAGAAGUUAGAUAUCCAUCCGAAUCCUGUUACAAUCACGAGUAUACUUUCUGCAUGUGCUCAACUUGGAACGUUGAGUAUGGGAAAGUGGGUGCAUGACUUGAUAAAGAAGGAGAAAUUUGAGUCCAACAUUUAUGUUUUAACUGCUUUAGUUGACAUGUAUGCCAAGUGUGGGAAUAUUGAGGAGGCGCGUCAAGUAUUUGACAACAUCACGGAGAAAAACGUGGUUACUUGGAAUGCUAUGAUUUCAGCUUAUGGCCUGCAUGGGCGUGGUCAAGAGGCACUGGUGCUGUUUAAUCAAAUGCUUCAUUCUGGAGUUUCCCCAACUGGUGUCACUUUCCUGUGUGUCUUGUAUGCUUGUAGUCAUGCCGGUUUAGUAGAAGAAGGUCAGAAGAUAUUCCAUUCUAUGGUUCAUGAUCAUGGCACUGAACCAUUAUCGGAACAUUAUGCUUGCAUGGUGGACCUUUUGGGCCGAGCUGGAAAACUAGAAAAAGCUUUGGAAUUUAUUUAUAAGAUGCCUCUCGAACCAGGUCCAGCUGAGUGGGGUGCAUUACUCGGUGCAUGCAUGGUCCACAAAAACAUUGACAUGGCUCGAUUGGCUUCAGAUAAGCUAUUUGCAAUGGACGUUGGCAGUGCCGGAUACUAUGUUUUACUUUCAAACAUCUAUUCAGUAGACCGUAACUAUUCUCAAGCUGCGUCGGUUAGGAAAAUCCUAAGAAACAAGAAUCUUGCAAAGACCCCUGGGUGCACUUUAAUUGAGGUUAAUGGUUACCAGCAUGUCUUUACAUCCAGCGACCAGUCACAUCCUCAAGCAGGAGCUAUUUACGCGAAGCUGGAGGAGCUAAUGGAGGAGAUGAGGGAGGCUGGAUUUCACACGGAAACCAGCACAUCAUUGCAUGAUGUUGAGGAAGAGGAGAAAGAGUUGAUGGUCAAAGUUCAUAGUGAGAAGUUAGCUAUUGCUUUUGGACUUUUAGCUUCUGAACCUGGAACUGAAAUCAAAAUCAUCAAGAACCUAAGGGUUUGUGUGGAUUGCCAUAAUUUCACCAAGUUUGUAUCCAAGGUUACAGACAGGGUUAUUGUUGUUAGGGAUGCCAACAGGUUUCAUCAUUUCAAAGAUGGAGAGUGUUCCUGUGGGGAUUAUUGGUGAAAUGAACUUUUCUUGCCGAGGAUAUUUAACAGGGUUUCAAACACUUUCAUUUAGCUAUAUGCAAAAUCGAGUACAAUUUGAACAAUCAAAAAAGUUGAGUACAAUUUGUACACUAAACAAAACUUCUCACACUAGGUUUAUUCUUUUGUUUGCAUAUUCCAGUUUGAGGGGCGUACACCAGAGCCCACGCGGGGGAGGAUACAAUAUGCUUGACAUAUCAAGAUGCUUGUGUGCGUGCCAAAGAGCAUAGCCUCGAUAAGGGAAUUAUGAGCAUGUUAGCAGUUGACUCCACAUUGCUUGACAUCUGGUCCCUUGGUUUUGAGCACAAAUGGAUCAAUUCGAACCCAGAGCAAGGAAAAGAUGGAGGCUAAAAGUAUUGACCAAAUGACAACAAUGGUUGGUGUCCUGUUCUGCCUUCCCAUAAGACCCUUGAGGAAUGGAUAUAAAUGAACAAUGACCCAAAAAGAAAAGAAAAGCUUUCCGAAAAGGGGACCCCAUGAAUUGUAUCCAUUGUUAAUGGCAUCAGAGAUUCCGGCUACAACCCCAACCAAGUUGAUUAUGAGAAUUGUCGUUGGAGGAAUAAGGAGAGUAGUCCACUUGAAGGCAUAUAACUCUCCGAAGUCCUCAUCAUCUGUUGCCUUAGAUGUCACAGUAAAGUUGGUAUCUAUGCCAGCCAAAAUCUUUAGAAGACCUUGUACUACAGCGAAAAGAUGCGCAGAUACCCCUCCAAUAACCCAAAAUUGCUCAUUUCUCCACCAUUCCUCAAUGCUUACUCCACUCCACCUUAGCUCAAGAAUUCCCGUUGUAAAGAUUGAUAGAAAAAGAGCAAUGAAAAAGAGACUUGCUAAGGUGCUUAUCUGCAUCAAUGAAAUGCAAGUUCUAGUCAGCUGACUAGUCCAGAAAGCAAGUAAACUAGUGAAGUAUGAAGUCACUUAGGUGCAACUGAUGUUCAAAAUUUUCAGCUAUGGCGAUUAAGUAAAAAACAUCAUGUUCUUACCUCUGGCAUUAUGAAUUUUCCGGUGAGCAAGCAGACGGCAGGGAGAGUGCAGUAGGCAAGGAGAGGUAAAGAAGUGAAGGGGUAAAUAGUUGUGUUAAUAUAUGAUAAUCGUUCAAGCCACUUAAGCUUCCCUCCCUUAUAGCCGUACCAACAUGGGCUAUGACGACUGAAAAAGAUCUCAACAGAACCAAGAGCCCAUCGAAGCACCUGGUUGAGACGAUCUGAUAAAUUGAUCGGAGCUGAUCCCUUAAAUGCAGCUAAUUUAGGCAUACAAUAGACUGACCUCCAACCACGGCAGUGCAUCUUGAAACCUGUUAAGAUAUCCUCCGUGAUAGAGCCGUAUAUCCAGCCCAGCUGCAAGUUCAAAAAUAGUUACCUCAAUCAAAGAUAUUCAUAAAGGGCAUUCAUAGCACCAGCCUUUUUGUGAUGCUGGAAACCAGGCCUUUUUUCACGAGAAACAUAAACAAGACGAGGGAGUUCAUGUCCAUCCACGUCAGUUCCUCCACUUUGACCUAAAAAGACUUGAAUCAUACCAGGAUGGUCCUUUGUAUUAUUUCCCGGCCAUGGUGUUCCAUCUUGCAUGAUCCACCCUCCUGCAGGCAUUUUAGUUGCUUUGGCAACUAGUGCAUUGAUUCUAACCUUGAAUUCUUCGUACUCUCUCUGUCAAGUACAAUGAGAUUUGUAAUUCAUCACAUGGUAAGUUUUAUGUAGCACUCGCUGAUGAAAACAAGAGUUCAAGCUUUACCUUCAUUGCUCGUCGCUCCUUAACGAAUGUUGGCUGGACUUUGUCCUUGAGAUAAUCAAUCUUUAGGGAGAAGUAAAAUUCUGGUGCUCGAGGCUCUAUAGCAAACUUCUUGCAGAAGGGAACCCAUUUUCUACCGAAUUCUGCAGUUUCCGAUAGUGCUUCAAAGGUGCACAUUGAAGCUCCAUCGUCAGACAGGUAGCAUGAAAUUUUGUCGACAGGGUAAUCCAUUGCUAAUAUUGAGAGGAUUGUAUUAGCCGUAACAAGAGGAGGUUCCUUCAUAGGAUCCACUGUACUGACGAAAAUAUCUACAGGGGCUAGCAUAUUUGGUUCUCCUUCCCUCUCAUACCUACAUCAAAAUUUUGGUCAAAUAUGUGUUUCUCUAGUUGUAACGUUUUAUCUUGAAAAGAUUGCUAGAACUUUAAGAAGUCUUUCGACAAUGAUUUGUCUUGCAGCUUUGAAAAUUACACACUCAUUCAUAUUAGAGUGCAAUAUGAUUUUCCAUGGUUUCUCUUCUGUUAUGUUUUGCCCGAACAGUAAGCAUCUCUUUCAUGGAACUUUGAUCUUUUUUCUGUCGGUAACUUAUAUUGUACUGAAGAGUAUGACAUUAUUUUGUGAAAACUAGGCGUAUAUAUCGGAAAUUGAGUUGGCAACUCUGUUGGUUUAAUGUCCAUGCUUAAGGAUGAACUUCUUAUUGAUAGUAGGAGCAGAGACUUGCAAAGAAUUGUCACCUGAGAGAGAGCCGAUCAAGGUAAGUCUCUCGGUCGAUUGGGAACCAUUUGGGAAACUGAUCAAGGAUCCAAGAGACGGCAAACCAGAUCUCACAGAUGAUAGAAGUUAGCCAGAGACCAAUCGCAUCAUGCACUGGAUUCAGAAUUCUAUAACGAAGGAAGAUGGCUAGAAUCACCAGCCUAGCUACAAUCACCAUCCGUUGUGCACCAGAUCACACUGUUAUUUUCUACGUUGCUCGGACUCUUCAAAAAUGUGCCAACCGCACGUCGGAUCCUCCAGUCGUAGCAGCAUUGUUUCAAGAUCCAACACAAGUGCAGCAGCAUUUCUGGAGACUCCAAGCAACAUAGAGGACUUACUAUACACUUCAAUGUGUUUAACUUCUUACCUCUUCAUGGCCAUGAAUGACGACGAGUUCGUUCCGGUUAUGAGAACCAGCAACAAGACCUGCACUAGCUUCCAUUAUUGAGGAAGAUAGAUGAGAAAUGGAAGGUGAUGAGAAUUGGUAUAUAUUGUAUAAAAGAUUACUUUUUUUUAAAUGAAAGAAUGAGAUUAGUAGUACUAGUGUCACUUUAUGUAUCUUUCUUGUACCUAAUAUGUGUCCAUUUUAUGUAAGAUGUGUUUGUUGUAGAGUC